AUGGGCAAAGUUGAGGGUCAUAUGGAAAACUGGCAUGGACAUGUUACUGCAUUAACAGUUUCACCUGACUACCGUAGAUUAGGAUUGGCUGCUUUGUUAAUGCAUUUUUUGGAAGAUAUAUCGGAAAAGAAACGGGCCUACUUUGUUGAUUUAUUUGUGCGGAAAAGUAAUAAGAUAGCGAUAAACAUGUACACGAACUUGGGAUAUAUUGUUUAUCGAACUAUAUUGGAUUAUUAUUCCGGAGAUCAGGAUGAAGAUGCUUAUGAUAUGCGAAAAGCUCUCUCAAGGGACACCGAAAGGAAAUCUAUAAUACCAUACACACAACCAGUACGACUGGAAGAUUUAGAUAUGCAUUAAUAACUAUUAUGUUGUACUUGAGUUUUA